ACUGAGCGGCGCCGCACACGGCGAAUAUUCAAGCGGAUAGGGACCAAGAUCCGGAUCGGAGGCUUAUACUAUCCAUGCUGGCCCAUAUCUUGGGCUAUGGCUACCUUCUGGCCUAUAUCUUUUGCCUGUUCUGCUGGCACACACCUGGAGCAGCGUAUCCUGCCAGCAACAGCUACCGGGACUUGGAUAUUUGCAAUCACUGGGAUGGACGACGGCACUUCCUUGAACUGGGCAGUCCACCUGGCGAGCUGCACGCCCGGAAUGUGAGCUACACCGCCUAUCGGCAGAGCUCGCCGCUGGGCUUCAAGAACGAUGCUGUGGCGGGGGAUGUGUGGUAUCAGUGCAGCCUGGAGCUGGUCACCUGUGCCGAGUGCGUCAUCCGGGUGACAUUCACCUAUGCGAAUUUCUCCAAGAGUUGCGGCAAUACGGGCGGCAGCAAGUCCAGUAUGUGUCCCUGCGAGCACAUCCAGUUCUCGGAGCCCCCCUACGACUCUACCAUUUCGGGACAGGAGUUCUGCGGCGACGGCAAGGUCUUCCGGAGCAAGACCAGGACGCUGCAGCUCAAGUUCUUUUACAGAGCCACCAAUGCUCAUGUCUUCUCACUGCAGUACUUCUCAGAGCGUAACGUUCGGAUAGUAAGUGGUUCCCCCAGGCAGUCCAUUGUGGGCAGUGGAAAUGCUAAGCACCUGCCACAAGUGAUCUCCACGCCGUACUUUCCCAUGCCCUAUCCCCGGGACUAUGGCAUUGAGCAUAUCCUCACCUGUGAGGCUGACAACUGCCAGGUGCGACUGGACUUUACCGACUUCCAGCUGGGCCUGGCCUCUACUCUGGAGAUAUUUGACUCCAAUGGUCAGAUGUUGGACUCGUAUACGGGUGAGCACUUCCGGCCACCAAUCACGGUAAGCACCGGAAAGUCGCUACUGUUACAGUUCCGGGGGAAUUCAGCCACCGGAGUGGGUUUUCGAGCCGAGGUGAGCUUUGUUUCAUCCAAGCAGCUGAAGGACGAACGGCUGGUGCCAUAUACAGAUUGCGGCGGAAUGGUCACUGGUCCUGGGGGCGCCAUCACCAUGAUGAACAUGAUCGAAAACGCCACGGAUGUUCGGCUCUUCGACUGCAUCUGGAUCAUUAAGCCCGGCAAUAACUAUAUGAUGAUGAAGACCCAUAUCUCAUUGCGAGUGGAGGACUUCUAUGGCAUGGCAGCUCGUUCUGAGCUGACCAUCCGGCAGGGCACCACCUCCGAUGCCGUGGAGAUCGAGAACGUGAUGUGGCCAAACAAUGGACUGAGCAAAGAGAGCCACGUGGCGCCCAUCCUGGCUGGCUACUACAUUCGCCUGCGCGGUGUGUUUGGCAUGUCCUCCAAGCUGGCCAUCGUUUACAGCGUCUUCAACUAUUUGAAUUGCUACAUCGGUUCGGAGUUCUUGUGCGGAAACAACCACUGCAUCUCGAUCCGCCUGCACUGCGACGGCUUCGAUCACUGCGGCGAUGGCAGCGACGAGCCGGAUUCCUGCGAGGAGGACUGGGCCCACCUGCAUCACGACCGGCGUUGGUAUUCCCACAAACCCAACUACUACUUCCCAAAGAUGGACCAGUAUCCCGAUCUCAAGACGGCCACAGGCAUCUUCAUCAUCAGCACGCUGGGCAUUUUCGGUGUUCUCUCCGGCUGGAUGGUGAUCUUGUACAGGAUGGGUGUGAGGGCGCGUCACCAACGGGAGCUGCAGAGCCACCUACAGACUAUAAGUGAGCUGCUGGAUCGCCAAGACGAAGAUCGCACUCCCGAUGAGCCGCCCAGCUACGAAGCUCCGCCUGACUAUGAGGAGGUUAUCAAGGUGGGAAUGCAGCAAGAGCUGAGAGAGCCAAGGCGCCAGCGCCGCGCUCGUCGUCCGCCUCCACGGGAUCGGAGCUGUAGUCGAGCCCCUAGUAACUGCACCAUGCAGUCCGUGCUGCCGCUUCAUCGCAGCUGCAGCUUGGACAGGGAUCAAGAGCAGCCCAGUACCUCGGCUGCGGCGAUGACCCACGCUGUGGCCGCCACGGACACCAAUGAGGACGCGGAGCAGAGCCAGACAAUGGCCCAACGGAUGCUCCUGGCUACGGCCAUUUGUGGCUCUGCAGGCUCGUCUCUCGCGGCAGCAAAGGACUCAGGUGUCCGCCUCCAAUCCGUGGGGGUUUCAACGGGCCCAACACCGCUACCCGCUGGGGGUGAACUACCCGCAACCGGUGGGCCAGCCACGACGCCCGGUAGCACGGCGGAUGAGUGCACCCAGGGAGUCGACGACUCCCUCAGCAUUUCACUCACUCUAGGCCUGCCCUCCACGACGGCCGGCAGUUUGGUGACCUCCACCCAGAACCACAACCAGGAAAAGGACAAGGACCAGCAGAUCGGCAGCAACUGUACGGAGCACACGUACCUGAAGCGAUCGUGGUUGGUGGUCCAGCAGAUGCCACCUGGAAGGGGCUACAGGGUCCAGCGGCUGCGGCAUACUUUCUCUUCCCCAGAGGCUUUCACCGCUGAUGAGCUGCAUCUGCCAUAUCCGGACUUCCUGAGCUACGGCACCAAUCUUCCCCACGAGAGGAGUAGCAGCAACUUUGGCUCGGAUCUGUCGAGGGAUCCUUCUAGCUACAGCGUGGGGAAGCGAGCGCGCUUGACUCUGGCAGAGGCAAGUGAUUCCGCGGAAACCAUAACCAGGGAGUCGGAGGAGCACUCCAACCAAACGCUCCAGUCCCACAUGACAGUAGAGGAGACGCCAGCACCUCCGAAUCACAGUGAAAGCGAGAGCGAGGCAGAGCAGCAAGUGUCCUGCUUUGGAGCCGUUGCCCAGCGACCCAAGCGUCGUCAUCGAAGUCAUGUACGAAGCCGAUCCUUCAGCAAUCCGGCGGCGGGUGGACGGAAACGCCUCAUUCAGCGCAGCUCGUCGGCUGACCUGCUGAUGAAUUAUGCUGCAAUGGCUGUGUCCACGCCACAGAAAAGAUCAGAGGGAAUACAGCGGCUGUUCUUUAUCUAAGGAAGUGGUAGUGGUAAGUGCGAGCAUCGUGAAGGAACAGCCGAGUGGAACGAUAGUAUUAAAGCCUGGUGUGAUUCUGGUCGGGAUCUGGUCACAGUUAUAUAGAUCUAUUCCUAGUUUAAGUUGGUUUAAUGUGCUGGAAUUGGAUUAGUACUUGUUAGUGAUAAACUUAAAAAUAUUAAAGAUGAAUUAUACAAUUUUCAGUUGAUAUUUGAAUAUCACUUCCACCACAGUUAAUCCAAGUUGAACUACCAAACAGGUCUUAGGAUUUGUAUUCUAUAUUAUAUAUAUAAAUACCGCCCGAAGGGAAUAAAUAAUUACGUUAA